GCGUGAAUUGACUGGACUGGAUGCGCUUGUUUUAAUACUGCAAGUUUUGAAAUAUCGCGUUGUUCUACACCUGUAAUCAAGUUUCUACAAUCAAACCCGUUAUACAAUGAUCCCCAUACCACUACGUUUCUUAACGAUAUCAUACGGAAAUAAAAGGGUGGUGACGCAGAAGGGUCCAACAUCCAAAGCUCACCAUCCACUCUCAUCCCUGCGCUUCCGAACGACCUGCAACUUUAGCUUCGUGCCUUGCGAAGACGACUCAGCCCUUGAGGUAGAUGAAGAGGCAUGGGAAGAAGAGGGCUUGGUGGACCUUGUCUGCUGCCUGGAGGUUUACUUGGAGGAGGUUAUGCCUGGUCCGCUGUCCGGCGAAGAGGCAUCACAACCUGUUGAAGGACAUGAAGAUGCUCAGGUGCACCAGCAAGUUCGAGGCUCUGACGAACGGCAAGGUGGAGAGGGAGAAUGCAGUGAUAUAGCAGAGGCCAAUGACAAUGUGGAGGAGGACGAAGCACGGGACGAGGAUGAGAUGGAGGGAGAGCAGGAUAAAGAGCAAGAGAAGGAGGAGGAUAGGGAAGGGAACGAGCAGUCGGAGGAGAGUGAGGAGAGUACUGUGCGGACUAGGCCAUAUUCCUGAAAAUGACCGGACCUGACCAUUCUGAACCGUUCGCCAAGGUCCAGUUCGAGGUUCGCCGAGUCUGGUAGAACCGGACCACGGCAGCACUAAAGUCUACUAGUACUGGCCCGGAACACGAAAAAGAAGCCAUAGAA